GGGUAAAGGGUGGGUGCCUCAACAGUCCCGUUUGGUUAUUGAUUGCAUGCGUUUGAAUUUGCGCAUACCCGUUUUCUUAUUUGUGUAGCUGGUUUUGUCAAAUUUCUUCUGUAAAUCAACAAGUGGCAGCUAUGCCAGACCAGGAUGUUGUUAGCACUUCCAGUGAAGAGGAGAUGGACCUGGAGAAGGCUGAAGACAAAGGAGAACUUGGAGACAUGAAGACCUUUACCUGGGAUGCUGACACAUUGGACAUCGACCUGAACCACCAGCGGAUCAGCCGGAUCGAGAACCUGCAGGACUGCCCGCGCCUCGAGACGCUCUGCCUGCGCUGGAACCUGCUGACGCGCAUCGAAGGCCUCGGCGCGUUGCCGUGCCUCACCGAGCUCGACCUCUACGACAACCAGCUGACCAAGAUCGAAGGCCUCGAAGCGCUGGUCAAUCUGGAGGAGCUCGAUCUCUCGGUCAACCGCAUCACGACCAUUGAAAACCUGUCGCACCUCACCAACCUGAAGAAGCUGUUCCUCUGCAUGAACAAAAUACAGGUCAUCGAGAACCUGGAGGGCUUGCAGGCCUUGGAAAUGCUGGAGCUGGGAGACAACAAAAUUCGCAAAAUCGCCAACCUGGACAGCCUGACGAACCUGACCAGCUUGUACCUGGGCAAGAACAAGAUCAACAAGAUCGAGAACCUUGACAAGCUGACCAAGCUGCGGGUGCUCAGCCUUCAGAGUGACCGCAUCACGGUGAUGGAGGGUCUGCAGCAGCUGGCCCAGCUGGAGCAGCUGUACCUCUCACACAACGGCAUCAGCCAGAUCGACGGUCUGGAAGGUAACCCGCAGCUGAACACGCUCGACCUCGCCUCCAACCGCAUCGCCAAGCUGGAGAACAUGGCGCAUCUCACGGAGCUGGAGGAGUUCUGGUGCAACGACAACCAAGUGUCGGACUGGGUCGACCUGGCGCAGCUGAAUGGCGCCAAGCAGCUGCAGACGGUGUACCUGGAGCGCAACCCGCUGGCGCAGGACGUCAACUACCGGCGCAAGCUGAAGAUGGCGCUGCCGACCCUGACGCAGAUCGACGCCACGCUGACGCGGUAGGACCGGCCGGUGCCGCGGGCGGGGAGGCGGGGAGGCAGACUCCCGGCGGAAGGGAGACGGCGCUGAUCUGAAGCGCGCCCAUUGUUUUCCGGUGUGGAGGGUUGUGCGCAGCGGGCCAGUGCGUCGCUGGAGAUUUGUUCCUCCCUCGUGGAGUGGUGCGGGCGCUCUCCGUGCCGACCACCGCUCGGCGAUGCGUGGAGAGGUGUGUGGUUCACGCGCUAACCGCCGCGUGGCGCCGCCGGUCGCAGUACUCGCUGAUGAAGCCUUCCCGACUGUCUGUAGGUGGCGAUGUCUCGACCGGCGCGCCGGUCUAGAGCUGUAGUUUAUUUCUGGGGAAGGGUGCUCUUGCGCAGCGUUUUGCUUGACUUCUUGCCGCGUGGGAGGCUCGCUUUGCUCGUGGGUGGUACGUCGGCUAUGGAGCCGGAACAUGCUCCUGUUGUGCCACCAGCCUGUGCGCGAUGCGGCUCCAGAAAUGUUCCGCAGGAAUGUGCGUGACCAGCUGAUCUGUUUACCGUCGUAUUGUAUGUCAGUUUUCUGCACGAUUCUGUUGGUUUACCAAAGCGCGUCAGGGCCUCGACCGGGGUCUGGCAUACCGCUGUUCCAAGGAUCCGUUUCGUACGACUUUAGGCGACGAUGAUUAUUGCUAGUUAAGCUGAGGGCCGAAGUGCUCGGAACAAUAAACAUUCACUGCAUAGCAGUGCUGA